CUGGUAUUACUUUUUACUUUUAGCUUACACAGAUUGUUCAUAAAAUUUGUAUACUUUUUCAGGUUCGCUGCAAACAAGGCAUGUCUGAGGGAUGUGGCCAGUCGAUUCGGCAUCGGGGAGGCUACGGCGUUCAGGAUUGUUGAGCGGAUGCUUGAUUAUCUAGUGGACAUCGCCAAAGAACUUAUAAUAUUCCCAGAAGACCUCAAUCAGCUGUCGGCAGACUUUGAGCAAGUGUCGGGUGUGCCCAAUACUAUUGGAUGUAUCGAUGGCUCCUAUGUAAGCGUACGAUGUCCUGCCAAGAAGGUGCGCUCUACAUAUGUAAACAGGCACAACUACCCGUCGUUGACUCUGCAAUCUGUGUGUGACUACAAGAAGAGGUUUCUGGACGUCACAAUUGGCAAUCCAAGUAAAAUCCAUGACUCAAGGAUUUUCAGAAAGUCUAGGCUUGCCGAGCGGUUGCCUAGCAUUUGUUGCUCUGGGAAAUUCCAUGUUCUUGGGGAUGCUGCUUAUCCUCUUCGGAAUUAUCUCAUCACACCAUUUCGUGACUAUGGACGUUUAAAUUCAAGACAACGAGCCUUUAACCUAAAAUUUUCGGCAACGAGGGUCAAAAUUGAGAACGCCUUCGGGGACCUCAAGGGCAGGUUCCGCCAGCUGCUGCACUUGGAUUUUUUUUUUGUUGAUAAGAUGAACAAGUUCAUCAUUGCUUGUUGUGUUUUGCACAACCUGUGCAUUAGUUGUGGUGAUGUCGAUGUGCCACCAUAUAUUGACGACGCAAGCUCGGCAUGGGACUGGCAAGCACCACCAGAUGACGACAGCCAGAACUGCGGCCCCCUGACAUCAAGUGAAGCUGCACUGCGUCGACAAGGGGAAGCGAAGCGGGAAUGCUUGCUUCAAGCAAUGUACAUUUGAGCUGGAAAUGCAAACUGUAGCUUCUUGUGUAUGAUAUAAAGGAUAAUGUGAAUAUGUCAUGUAAAUAUUGUAAUGCAAUGAAAUUAUAAGUAAUCAAGUAAUGUAUGGAAAAUAAUUUAUGAAAACUGGCACGUGCCACAGGCUCGUGCUGUGCAACAUGCUGCUUGCACCAAACAUCUGAAUGAGUUAGCUUCCACAGGGAUGAGAAAAGUAGUUGCGUGACCAUGACCUAACAGUUAGAACAUGAAACGGGCAAUCAAGUUAAUUGCAAAUCUACUGUGGAAAUCCCAUAGUUAUCUGUACUUUAAACAGUUUGGUAUUCUCAGCAUUAAUGCUUUGUAUCCAUUCAGUUUAUUGUAUAUGUACAAAAAUGUAAUUAUAUCAAGUAAUGAACUAUACCGACAGAGUUUAACCCCCAUC